AGGUUUCAUGAAGAAAAGCUAGAAUAUCUAUAAUUUGACAUUAUUAUAUACAAGACCUCUAUCGCGAACUGAUCGAUUAAAUUGUCUUUGACUAUCCAAGGAGAGGAUUCAGAUUCAAUAGCUCGUGCAAUUGGGUAUUCUUCAUUUAAAGAAAAGCUUCAGUGAAAUAAUAAAAAUGGUUCGCCGCUAUAUAGAACCUACUGAGCAAGUUAAAAAAAAAAAUACGCUGAGUGAAAUUGAUUUAUACAAACCAUUCUCCGAAAUGACAAGUGAUGAGCUUAAGGAAAAAUUUGAGGAAAUAGUCCUCACAAAUGUUUAUUACGUUGUACCAAAGAAAACCGUCAAAGAGAAGGUCCGCCGCCGCCCUAAGAUGGUUCCAUUGAACGAUAUACUGAAACUUAAUACCUCUGACUAUCGUUUUAAAACCUCCUUUUUCGGUGACUACGCCAUUAAUGGGGAUGAAAGCUAUGAGGAAAUACUUAAUUAUGCCUUGUAUGCAUUCGCUCAUGAAGAUAACCCUAACAAAUCCGACGACUUUUAUAACGAUGUUUUUGCGACUGUACACUUUGUUGCUGAAGGAUCUCCUGCUCACGAUGCGGGUCUACGCGAGAAUGAUCAGCUGGUUCAAUUCGACUACAUUCACAUCGGAAACUAUACCGACACCUUUCAAUUGCGUAAAAUUGUUAAGCAAGCUUAUUACAAGAUCAUUAACAUCCAAGUGCGACGUGGCAACAAUAAAGUUUGGAUAGCAGUGUCUCCUCGCACCUGGGAGAAGCCGGGUUUGAUUGGCUGCCAGAUCAUGAACCGUUGGGGAAGAGCUAGUACCCCUCGCUGGCCCUUGGUACAAUAGGUCCUUUCGCGAACAGCGUGAACAGUGUAGCCAACUUAGGGGGUUAAUCCCAUGUAGGUAAAAUUCAAUUGUUGGCAACACUGGCUUUAAAUGUCCGUAAUAUCAAUGUCUAUGAUAUGGCGUCCGCUCGCUUGGUGGGACGUUCGCUUGGUUACAGUUUUAUGUUAAAUAGAUUUAUCUAUUAAUUUAGUAAUAUUUUUAUUUCAAAUUGAUUUUUAUAAUCAUUUUGUUAAUCGUAAAAUUUUGUAUAAUUAUGGUUCGAAAUUUAAAAUUCGGGACAGAAACUUCUAGAUCUUAUACCAUAUUACUGACAAACCUAAUGAAAUGGUUGGUAUUAGUAUAACUUUAGGACACAUUUUAUCAUGGGAGGGCCAGGUAGGGCAGAAGCCGAGGUUUACGGCAGUGGUCAUCACGCCCUCACGGCCUUAGGUGCCCAGAAAAAAAGUCCGAAAACUUAUCAAACCUACUUUAAUAAAUACCUGGCUGUACCAAUGUUACAAUGAGUAUCCUCUGUAGCAAGAUAAUAUGUUAAUGUAUAAUUCAAUCGGUGAUUUAGAAAUUAAAUUUCAAAUUCAUUGUGAUAUAGUUUGUUAAAUAAUUUAUUAAAUAUUUUAGAUUAAUUUUAGUUACAAUUAUAUUGAUUUAAUCAAUUAUAUAAAUAUAUAUGCAAAUACAAUCACUCUAAAAAUAUAUCUUAUGAUUAAUCA